UCAAUGACCUAUAUUCACAUGUGUACCUGUUAAUCUGAGUGUAUGAUCCUAUCCACAAAAUAAAACCAUGGAGCAGCACAAAUAUGGUAUAUUUCUAGAGACAGACAUGGACUUCGGAGACACUUUGUCAAAACUGAGAACCUAUUUUCAAACUAAAUCUGUUGGAAAUGAAUUUAAGAUUUCACUGGUUUCCCCGAAGCUUUACGAGAUGUCUUUAGGAACAGAACAAGCACGGGAAAGAAUGCUAAUGCAGAGACUACAUGUGAUAAAGAGUGGAUUUUCUACAUUGACUGUGAAAUUGCAUUUGGAGAUGCCUAAUCGGGACAGAUCAUAUGCACAAAUGUCUGAACGAACCAUGAAUGACCCAAGCAGUAGUCUGGAUUCUUCAGGUGUCAAUUUCAGACAGCUAUCAAGUGAAUCAAGACUUCCAUCAUUGGCGAUAUACCAGCUUCUGAUUAAAACAAGUUUUGAAAAUGAGUUAGUUACAGAGUUCCCAUUCUUGAAAACAUCCCAGGAUGCAACAAAAAACAUUGUGAAAUUCGAAGGCCAUGCAAAUGAUGUUCUCUCAGCUAAAAAGAAGCUCAAAGAAAGACUGGAAAGGUUGCAGAAGAAACGAGUGUGUCUUCCGAGGUGUGUGGUGCAGUUUCUAUGUGCACAAAACAUGGAGAGAUUUGCAAAUGAACACUUUUUACAGCACAGCAUCCCAGUGGCUUUUAAAAUAGAAGGAGAUCGAGAUAUCGUUCUGCAUGGGCUGUCAACAAAUGACUUGAAUAAAGCAGAACAGAUAUUGAAAGAUGAAAUCUUUAUGGAAGGACUGACUCUAGACGAGGAUUUAAAACCAUACGCUUGCACAGAAGAAUGGAACACUUUUUUGAUUGAACUGCAUAAUGAAGCCAACAAAUAUGGUACGAAAAUCCAAAUACACAGAGAGAAAAUGACCAACAGUGAUCAAAACAAAAUUAUUAUAGUUGGACACAAAGACACAGUUCUCAGUAGCAAAAGAAAAGUUGAGGAGUAUUUACAACAGAAGAGCAGAGCUACUGAAGUCAUUCAAGUUCCCAGUGUAGAACUUUCACAGUCCAUUUUGGGUUUGUUGGAGUUCCUUGGUUUAAAGGACGUGAAAGUCGACAUUCAUUCAGUGGCGAAUGCACCCAAACUUCAACUAAACGGAUCAGGGCGCAACAUUGAAAAGGCCAAAUCAGCUAUAAAAGAGAGAACUGAAAAUAUGAGUCACAAAACCGUCAACAUAUGCAGCCCUGGAGCAUUUACCUACUUUUCUGGGAAGGGGAAAGAUUACUUUGAAACAAUAAGGUCAAUAUUCCAUUGUUUCCCAGUAUUGUGUAAAAAUCCACAAGGAACCGGAGAUCCGCUUACUGCAGCUCUUCCAUUUGCUGACUCAAAGGCAACAGGAAGUGAAUAUUCAUUCCAUGCGGGAGAAAAAGAAACUAUAUUGAUAGUUAAAAAUGUUGUCCUGUUCAUCUGUUGUGACACCAUGGUAAAAGAGGAAUGUGAUGUCAUCAUGCAUUCGUUAUGUAACUCUUCCACAGUGGGGGUGAUUUUGAAUGCUGCAGGAAAAACUGUGAAGGAAGAAAUUAACAGUCAAGGAAGAAGAAAUGACAUCAGCAUCACUGGCCCAGGGAAGUUACCCACUCGCAUCAUAAUCCACUUCCCUUGUUUCUGUAAUGAGAAUGUGACAGAAAACCUAGACAAGGCUCUAGCUGAAUGUGAAUUGAGAAACUUUACUUCCAUUACCAUCUUCAUUAACAAAGAUGAGCUGCAUUAUCAUCUUGAUGAAAGACUAAUUGCAGACAGAUUAUUUGGUCGUUUGAUGAAGGGAGUAGAUGAAAAGCAGUCUGAAAUUCGAAUCAUCACUCCGCAGAAAGAGAUCUAUGAAAGCUUCAAAAACAAAGCUGAACAGAUGUGUGGGAUGAGAGAAACUGACCAAGAACCAGAAGCCUUGCACUGCCACUCCCAGCUUUGCGAGCCAGCAGUAAUUUACAUAUUUGGAGAAAGCAAGAAUUUAUUAGAAAGAGCGAAGGCAACGCUGGAGAAACAUUACGCCUCUUUUAUCUCAAACUAUCAGGUGGUUCACCCGUUCAUCAAUCAAAUGACCCUCACUGAAGCAAUUGAAACCCUUCAGAAAAAUCUGCAUGUUAAUUUACAAGUCGGUAAUGGUUCUAUCAAAAUAAAUGGACCUGUCACCAAGGUUGAAAAAGCCAAAGAGAAAGUGUGGGAUCUAGUUAAUGAUGCCGUUCAGCAAAAACAAAAAGAGAGGAAAACAAAGUUAUCCACAGCUAUUCAGUGGCAGUACAAAGAUCGGGAUAACUACAUUGCACUGAGCACAGAAGACAACUACAAACUUGAGUUUCAGUACCUGAAUUCACAAGAACCUGUGACAGCGCACCUGGAAAGAGGAGCCUCUCUUAGCAUUGACUUCAAAGAAAUGAAAGCAGUGCAUUCAGAGAGUAAGCGGACACAUCAAAUACGACGUCACAAAAUAAUUGCAAACAGUUUGCCUGGAAAGUGGAUUGACAUGACAAAUAAAAACUACGGGAAAGAGCUUCUUGACAAAGACACGAUGGAAUACCGCUGGGUUGAAAAACUCUUUAACAUGUCAUUAUCACAAAUGAAAAUCGUGAAGGUAGAAAGGAUUCAGAACACAGAUGUGUGGGAGAGGUACCUGUUAAGAAAGAACCAAAUAGACCGGAAGUACAGGUUUGCUGCACCUGUUGAAACUGAAAGGUACCUGUUUCAUGGCGCAACGUUUGAAGAAUGCACCACAAUAGAAAGAAACGGAUUCACACGACCUCUAGAGGGGUUCUUCUCAUUUUCAUGUGCAUAUGGCCAAGGUGUAUGCUUCCAAAUGGAGGCACGUACGGCUUUAGGAAACUGCACUUUCGAUGACAACAAGUAUAAGUGCAUGUUUCUUGCAAGUGUCCUUACAGGGAAAUACACCAUCGGGAAAAAGAAAAUCACCGCCCCUCCGGCAAUGGAUCCGAAGAAACCAGCGGAACUGUAUGACAGUGUCGUGGACAACAUACAUUCACCCUCUCUAUUUGUGGUUUUUAGUGAAGACUGCACUUACCCAGACUACCUGAUCACUUUUAAAGAAUGAGUCCUGGUG